AUGUUCUUAGUUGCUUUAGCUCGUUCUAGAUUUGGCGUUGGAAAAAUUGGGGUGUUUCCUUUCAUUACUCAUGAGCCGGCUAAAAGAAGUAGUGUCAAUAGAGUUGCGGGAACAAUGGAAACAAAGCCAAUAACUUCAAUUAUUAGGGAUGUUAUGAAGUUGUAUUUGAUCGAAAAAGUAUUACCUGCCAUCAAGAAAAAAUGGCCAAGAGAGGAGUCACAUUUACCGAUAUUUAUACAACAAGAUAAUGCUAAUACACAUAUCAGCCUUGACGAUGUUGAUUUUCAGCGAGCUGCCUUAAAAGAUGGAUUUGAUAUACGUUUAAUGUGUCAGCCUGUGAAUUCUCCUGAUUCUAAUGUGUUGAAAUUAAGAUUUCUUGCAGCCAUUCAAUCUUUGCAAUAUAAAGAGGCACCAAAAAAUGUUGAUGAGAUGAUAAAUGUCGUUAUUAAAUCCUUUGAAGUUUUUCCUAUAGUAAAAUCUAAUCAUAUAUUCCUAGCAUUGCAACUUUGUAUGUUAGAAAUAACGAGCGCAAAGGGUUCACAACAAUACAAGAUUCCACAUAUGAGAAAAUCAACUUUGGAAAGAACCGAGGAGCUUUCAACUCAAAUCAAAUAUGACGAUGCACUUAUACAAGAAGUCGUUGAGUAUCUUAAUAUGAGUUCAUAG